UGAAUCGUCAUCGCCGCCGCACGCGAGGGAGCCUGCAGUGCGGGGCGUGCAGCGCGCCGAGCCGCGUGCCAGGGUUCUCCGAAGAAGCGCUUUGAACCACGCAAGUAACGCCUUCCUCGCCCAACCCGUAUCCCGCCCGGCCACGUCGGCAGCCCUUCGUCCGGUACCCAGCCACUCCGCUCUCGUUACUAGGUAGCCAGUCCCGAUGCGCGCAGCGCCGAAGAUGGCCCCGUAGAAGGUCCCUGAAGCGCCUUCCAAGAAGCAUCCCAGAGACCGCCUUCCGAAGCGCAUUCGCUGUCAGCUGCCGACGCCUUUCUGCGCCCCCGAAAUCGACCCGUGUUUCAACGCGCACCCUGAACGGGCUUCGAGCGUGUCCUCCAGCUCCUACUAGUUAGCCAGCAUCGCCUCCCGCGACCGCCUAAAGGCGACGGAGAGACCGUCCCGUCAACAGCAGUAAGAUCCACCUCGCAUCUUCGAGGUUUCUCAGCCAGAGCCGGAACACCCCCUGCCCAGCCAUGGCCCUCAGCCCCACGGCGACGGCCAAGAAGGUGGUGGUCAAGGCCACCGACAUACCCGAGCACAUGCAGCAGGAGGCCAUCAGCGUGGCCACGGCGGCCAUCGAGAAGCACAAGAUCCUGCGCGACGUGGCGGCGUUCAUCAAGACCGAGUUCGACCGCAAGUUCGGCCCCACCUGGCACUGCGUGGUGGGCCGCUCGUUCGGCUCCUACGUCACGUACGAGACCAAGCGCUUCACGUACUUCUACGUGGGCCACAUCGCCGUGCUGCUUUUCAAGGCCGGCUGAACCGAAGGCGCGGACGCCUUCCUGCAGCGCGACGCACAAGGAACUCGGAAAUGCCCGCUGGCGUUGAACUGAACGAAGGUGAUUCUUUUCAAAGCCGGCUUAAAGAGCGCCUGACUGUCUAGUUUGCGACGGCGGAGAACUAAAAAAAAAGAAAGAAUGUCUGCAGGCGCUGAAUGAAGUACUUGCUUUUCUUCAU